CGGCUCAAUCGCAAAUGGCUGAAUUUAUGAACAUAACUUCUCAAGAAUUUGAAGAUAUGGUUAAUGACUGUAUAAAAGAGGCCGAAACUUUUCGCACUUACUCGAAAAUACAUCUUAUUUAUGCUCAAAAGAUUGUUCCAUCAAUCUCUGUGUAG